ACAACAACAGCAACAACAACGACAACUGCAACAACAACAACAACGACAACAACGUCAACAAAGGAAUCAACAUUGGCAUGGGAAUGAAACGACGACGGAUAAUACUAUGGUUACAACCGAAGAGGAAGAUAUUGAUGAUGAAGAUGAGGAAGAUGGCGAUUUCAGCUAUGAAGAUGAAUUUAUGGAUUACAAUGAAGAUAAUAACAAUGAUGAUGAUGACGAUGAUAAUGAUGAGGAUGAUGAGGAUGAUGAUAUGUUGGAUGAAGAUGAAAGAAUGAAACACAACAUUGUAGCAGCUCGACAUCUUACUAUUCACGAAAGUCAACGACAAGAUAAUACUUUUUAUGCCAAUCCACCAUUUUUAUCAUCAUCACCUCCAACGCCUCAUUCAAGAUCCCGAUCAAUGACAACAUCUAAUGCAGCCAAUUAUAUUCCUUACCAAUACCAACGGCAACAAUCUCAACAGUCUCCGGAAGAAUGGCCGCUAUCUGCAGGAUUUCAGGAAACUACUUAUUAUCACCAUCAGUCCGAAAAUCAACAACAACGUCCAAGGCGUCAUACUGCUGAUGUAUCCGUUUUAGAUCGCGUACCUUGGGGUGAAUUUCCUUUAUCUAUGGGUGUGGAUGCUGUGGAAGCUGCUACUGUAUUGACUUUACUCAAGCGUAGUUAGUUACAUAAGUAGUUUUUUUU